UUCGGUACUUCCACUCUGUCUUGAUUCCAGCCUUUAUUAUAUUCUUCUCGCUCUCUCCAAUAGUUUCGGAAAGAAGAAAACGAGGGAGAUUAGGAAAGAGGAAGGGAAUCGCUAUGCUUAGGGUCGGAGCGAAGAGGUUGCUAGGGUUAGGGCAUCGGGGCCCGGCCCCUCCGGCAGCCGCUGGCGGCGCCGCGGCGCGGUGGUACCACGAGAGGGUGGUGGACCACUACAACAACCCCCGGAACGUCGGGUCCUUCGACAAGAACGACCCGACGGUGGGGACGGGGCUGGUGGGCGCGCCAGCCUGCGGCGACGUGAUGAAGCUCCAGAUCAAGGUGGACAAGGAGACCGGCAAGAUCGCGGACGCCUGCUUUAAGACCUUCGGCUGCGGCUCCGCCAUCGCCUCCUCCUCCGUUGCUACUGAAUGGGUGAAAGGGAAACAAAUGGAGGAAGUUCUAUCCAUCAAGAACACUGAAAUUGCGAAACAUCUUUCGCUUCCCCCAGUGAAGCUCCACUGCAGUAUGCUUGCUGAAGAUGCUAUCAAGGCUGCCAUAAAGGAUUAUGAAGCAAAGAAAGGCAAGAUAGUGCAACAAAAUGCUGAGCCUGUACCAGUCGAAAAGGCAGCUGAUGUUUAAAGUGAGUAUGAUGUUUAUGAUUCUGCUGUAUUAGUCAUCUUAACAGCUGGUCCUUCCGGCUGUGUUAUAGUAAGAAUGACCGCUGAUGGUCUUGGAUUCUGCAUGUGCAUCUGUACUGUUAUCACAACGACUAUUAAGAAUGUGAAAUAACUAUUUGGCUAAUUACGGUGUCA